GAUAACAACACAGUAAUAAGAAGAAGCAUUGUAUUUUUUAUGUUUUCUCGCAAUAUUCUCUUGUUUUUAUGUGAAAAUUAAACUAAAAUUAAGAAAAUAAUUAAUAAAAUCCGGUAAAAAAUGCCCGAAGAAUCAAAAGAAAGUAAAGCCAAGAAAUUGGCAGCAGCUAGGAAAAAGUUAAAAGAAUAUCAGCAACGUGGCACAGGCUCCGGCAUACAGACAACUGGUUCUUAUGCAUAUGCAGAUUCUGCUACCAAUAGUGGUCAUGUUAGCAGUAAUAUUUCGGAGAGAUCUGAAUCAGAACUACAACUAAAUGGUAGUGUUAACGAUAUAGCCCAAACGGAAAGUGUAAAUGAAGUAGAAACCACAAAUAUUCAACAAAAAGAAGAACAUUUACCAAUGGAAAAUGUCAAUUAUUUUGCUAUGGAACAGCCCAUAGUUAAGGCCGAAGAAAAUGAAGCCGACAAUAGUAUUAAGCCUUCCACAAUGAACGAGGAAACCUUUCCCGAGGGCUCACAAAACAUAAAUGCCAUACAAGUUCUGAUAACCGAAAAGUCUCAACUGACCAUGGAGUUAAACAGAUUUCGUACUCUAUGUCGUGAAAAAGACCUGGAAAUGGAGGAACUAAGGGUACAGCACAACAAUGCUGCCAAGCGUGUUGAAGAGCUAACACAACGUCAGGUGGAUAUACAAAAACAACAAGAACAGCAAAGAUUACACAAUGCUGAGCUGCAGCAUAAAUUGGCACAAGCUAGAGCUGCCCAGGAGGACAACGCACAACACAUCAAUGAACUGCAACAGCAGUUAACGUUACGCGAUGAACGCCUUAAACAAUUGGAAUCGGAUUUCAAAGAAAAAUCCAAUGAAUUGGAAAUGAGUCAAUUGCGCAUACGCCAGCUGUCCGACGAAAAUAAUAUAACCAAAGAUAAUCGUGUCGAGUCUUUAACACAAACCCAAUUUAUGUAUGAACAACAAAUUCGAGAUUUACAGGCUAUGGUGCAACAGCUAACACAGGAUAAAGAACAGGCCAACACCCAGUAUCAGACUUAUGUCCAACAGUUAAAUGCACAAAUUCAACAAUUGACCGAACGUAAUAAUGAACUGAUGGAUGAGUCUAGCAAAUUGCAGGAAAGGGAAAAGCAAUGGGUUGAUCAUAUUCAGCAAAUGGAAAAGGAAAUACAAAAGAAUAUUAGCAGGCAGGCGGAAGUUAAGGAGGAAAAAGAAAAGAUUUCCUCCCCUGACGUUUCUCCUGCAAACGAACAGCAAUUGAAAACCUUACAAGAACGACUCGAUGAAUUCGAUUCCGAACGUUAUGAAUUUCAAUUGAAAAUUAAAUCACAAGAAGAUCGUUUAGCCAGCCUACAGCAGGAGCUAAAGCAAAAAGAUAUUGAACUGGAACAACUGAGAGAACAUUUGGAAAAUGUAACCUCCGAACAGCCAGAUAAAACAAAACUAUUAGCCACCAUGGAAUCAGAUAAAGUGGCUGCCUCACGUGCCCUUUCGCAAAAUGUCGAAUUGAAAAAACAAUUAGAUGAACUAGAAUUGCGUUUUGUACAAUUGACUAAUGAUAAGGCUGACCUUAUGACACGUUUAGAUUCGGAACAAUAUACAAAUCGUGAAAUGCACACAAAUUAUGCCGCCAUGGAGGAACGUUUAAGGACCAUCGAUGAACGUUUUAAAUUCAAAGAUGAGGAAAUGAUAAGACUUUCACAUGAAAAUGAAGAAUUGAAAAAGAAAUUGGAGAAUAAAAAGAUUUAUAAUAACGAAGAAGAAAACGAACGAUAUGAGCAUGAUCAUCAUGAUCAUGAGCAUCAUGAUGAACAUGAUCAUGGACAUCAUGAUCACGGCGAUCAUGAUCAUGGCAAUCAUGGACAUAAUCACGGUCAUGAUGAUCAAGGAAAUAAAAAACAUGAUCAAGAUCAUGAAAAUCAUAAACAUAAUCACGAUCAUGAUCAUCAUAAACAUGAUCACAAUCAUGAUCAUAGUAAACAUGAUUACAGUGAAGAACAUAAACAUGAGCAUGAUUGCCAUGAUCAUCAUCAUCAUGAGCACGCCGAUCAUGAUCGCGCUGAUCAUGAAUCUUGUCAAGAAGCUACCGAAGAGAACAUUACUAACACGACCCUACAACAAACCCCUAUAACCCAUAAAAAGCCAGUCCAACCAACAACUGGCCACACAACAACUCCUCGCAUUGCCACCGAGGAAGCUGUUGAAAAGCUACAACAACGUUUUACCCAACUAAUGACCCAAUGUGCAGACCUAACCGAAGAAAAACAACGGCUAGAACAUUUAGUCAUGCAAUUGCAAUCGGAAACCGAAACAAUAGGCGAAUAUAUUGCUCUGUAUCAGACCCAGAGACGUAUACUAAAACAACGUGAAUAUGAGAAGGCCGCUCAGACUGCCAUGCUUCAGGCAGAACGUGAACAAAUGCGUGAACGUUUAACUAUGCUUAAUAAUUUGGUCAAUAGUUUAGGUAUGGAAUUGCCACAAAAACAACACUUGAAACAACAAAUCAAUGAAGCCUUAACACAACAAAAUGCCAUAAAUAUAAACACUACGUAUAGCCCAAACAUUGAGAAUAAUACUAUAGAUUCUUCAGAAUCUUCUUCUCCUCUAAAUCAAACGACAACAGCAGCAACAACAGCAAAAGAUUUAAAUUCCCCUGAAUCUCAACAGAUUCUACACAAAAUACAAGAUAUAAUAACGGAAAUUAAGGAAAAUACCAAAGAAUUACCCACCAUAUCACAUUCGGUGGAUCAUUUAAAUUGUUGUUCGGGUAAAUUUGAGGUGGUUUAAUAAUGUAUCUCGUCUUCUCUUUAGAUAGAGUUGGAUAGGAUGAUAUUGCUAAUAUAAUUAGAUUAAUAGUUUGGCUUUUUUUUUAAGAAUAAUUACAUUCUUGUGUAAAUAUUUAGAAUUUGUACAACAAAACUAAACGUAAACCUAAACUAGGGGACAGAAAAUAAUAAAUUUAUUUAAUAAUAUUAUGCUUUUUUAAACAAAAUAAACAAAGCAUAUAAUGGCAUCAAUUAAAA